CGCGACAACAUAAAGUCCCGCUGCGUCUCCGGCUCCUUCACUGACUGAAACUAAACUGCUGCUGCUGCUCAUCUUCUGAAACACUCCACACUUUACCACACUAUCCCCACUCGUUUCUCCUCCAGUUUUAUUCUGGGCUGCAGUCAUAGCAAUGAAGGAGAGAAGACUCCCGCAGCCUUUUGUGGCGAGGUGUAAACUGGUCCUGGUUGGAGACGUUCAAUGCGGUAAAACAGCGAUGCUGCAAGUGUUGGUGAAGGACUGCUAUCCAGAGACUUACGUCCCCACUGUGUUUGAGAACUACACGGCUUGUCUGGAGCUUGAAGACCAGCGUGUUGAGCUCAGUCUGUGGGACACAUCUGGCUCUCCGUAUUACGACAACGUCAGGCCCCUCUGCUACAGCGACUCAGACGCAGUGUUGCUAUGCUUUGACAUUAGCCGGCCGGACACAGUAGAUGGCGCUCUGAAGAAGUGGAAAGCAGAGAUUCAGGACUUCUGUCCCAACACUCGGAUCCUGCUCAUAGGCUGUAAGACAGACCUGCGAACGGAUGUGUGCACGCGCAUGGAGCUGUCCAAUCAGAAACAGGCUCCAGUCUCCCAUGAACAGGGUUCAUCUUUGGCCAAGCAGCUCGGAGCUGAAGCUUAUCUGGAGUGCUCGGCUUUUACUUCGGAAAAGAGCAUCCACAGUGUUUUCCGUACUGCAGCUCUGGCCUGCAUGAACAAACUACAGCCUCCCGACAAGCCCAGCCCGGUCCGACGCCUCUCCAAAAGACUGCUACACCUCCCCAACAAGACGGAUCUCCUCUCCUCCACCUUUAGCAAGGACAAGUCCAAAAGUUGCUCCAUCAUGUGAACACAGCGAGGAGCGUGCUCGGAGUACGGGAAGAGAGGACGAGAGAACAGCACUCCACCUGGUUCAGGUGGGGUUCAGGGUGUGCAAGGGAAAGAGAGCAAUCGUCAAGAUUUUCACAAAACUUUUUACUCUUUUGCAUCAUCCUCCUCUAACUCCAGGCUGCCACAGUUUCCACAGAGAGAAACUAUUUGAAGUGGAGUUUCAUGAUCCUGUACAAAUGGAGAGUAACAUGUUGCAGCCCCACAUAAAGGUUGUUGUGAAUCAGCUUAACAAUGCUCCGUACCUUAGCUCGUCCAUGAAGGAAGCGUUGUAUCCUCUCCAUUAAAGUGAUGAAAUCCAUUUAAAGCUCUGAUAGCAGUGCCGUAUCCCAUCCAUCUCUCUGUCUGGAUGUCUUUUAAAGGUCACAGCAUGGGCUGAGUGAUGAGAACGUAAAAUUUGAGAAUGAAGCUGCAUCUGCAGAAACCUCGCUGAGGGGAUCUUAAGAAAUUAUAACCCCCACCAGAGCCCUCGCCGUAAUAUAUAUUUUGAAAUUAAAGUUGACAGCAGAACAAAAAAGAUGACAAAAAGGGAGGGAUUUGGCAAGCGGUGCGCUCAUUUGCAGAAGGCAGUGGGAGGACAAAGUGAGUCUGUGAAGAAGUGCAAUGUGACUCAGCACUACCACGAGCCGCAAGGUCGAAAAGGGUGGAUGCAUUUUGUUAAAUACUUUCCACCUGUCUUCAGGAGGUUCUCUGCCAUGCACCAUCGCCACACGAGUUCAGCAACCAUUGGUAUUUAUUUUAGUGCUGUUACAUGGAGGAAUGAUAUUUCCAGACUGUUUAAUGGGUUCAAUUUUCAUUUUGUUUAGUUUUUUCUUAGUCUUUUUUUUUAUAGAAGAGACCAAGAAAAGAGGAUUUUUUUUUGUGUGCUCCAAAAUAAGUCUAUGGAUUAUCUAUGUUUCAGAAAUACUCUUUCUCACGGCCAAUAAGGGGAACAAUUGUUCAGCUUGGUUCUACAAAUAUCUACUCAUUACACCUGCUGUCCUGAAACCUGGCCAGAAAACUUCACACCAGUGAAUAAUCAUUUAGCACCCCAAAAUAAAACUAAACUUGAUAAAUCUUUUUUUUUUUGCAUGUUUUUUGCCUUUCAUACUCCACAGAAUGUAGGAUAUUGUAGCAAAGAGCUGAAAGUAAACACAACAACACUGUGUCAUCCUCAUCCAAAUCCUUCUUGUUCUUAAAGGGAAAGUUCAGAAUUUUUGAAGCAAGUUCUGUUACAAGAUUAAGUCUUGUGAUUUCUGAAACCCUGCUAGCAUUUGAAAAUUCAUCAUGAGCUAUAAUAGUCGUCAGCCUUACUGUUAUCUGCUGAAAAUCUUGCUCUCAUUCAUAGCCUGAAUGAACUGAAGACAUGGAAACAGUUUUUUCCCCCUCUGUAACAACUUUAACACCAAAGAGUUUUGUUAUUAGGGACCUGGCUAAAAAACAUUGGUCAUUACAAGAUUUUUCAUCUUUAGAUCUGAUGACCCUCACAUCAUAAUUUGUAUGAAUUUAGACUAGUUGGUAACAGACGCUAAAGCUAACUGCUAGUCCAAGCAUAAGUAAGCACAACGCAGGCUUCCACAGUCUUAAAAACUCUCCUCUAAAAAAUGUUUCAUUGGUUUGUGAAGAUACCAGUUUAUAAACUUUUGAGCUACUGUCAAGUUUGCAUUGAUGGUUAUUUAUAGAUGAGCUAUGGUUAUUUACGCUGGAAAUAGAGAAUGGAGUUGGCGUGCCAUCAAUUAGCUUCCCUGUAAAACAUAUACUGAGAAAAUUUUUCCUCUCAGAAUAAAUUAUAAAAAAGUAAUACAGUGAAACCUCCAUUUUCUACUUGUUUAAAUAAACAUAAGUUUUGUGUCCAAACAUUCAAACAAAUAUCACAAGAAUUUAAAGAUUAAUAACAUAGCAUUGCAUAAACAACAAUGACAUUUUUGUUAUUGUGAGAUUUUUAAGAUAAUAAAAGUUGGAAGUGCUCCUCUGAUUAGCUGUUUUCUAUAGUCUCCAGGAGCAGCGGUAGUUGGUGAGAGAACUGCAGAAGAAAUAUGAAUUAUUCAUAACCUUCUACAGAAUCCCACUUCAAAAAUCAUGGGCUAUCACUUUUUUUCCUGCCAUUGUCAUUUAGGUUUUGGAGUUUGUGCUGCAUGCUUCUGUGAAGAGAAACAUCUUGCCUGAUACCUUAAACUCUUUCAAUUUGUGAAAAUAAAAUGCCUAUUUCUGGUUGCUAACAUCCAGAAAUUCACUGAAAUAAUCAAGACUUUCCUCAAAUUUUAAAAACGAAACAAAAGAUUUUCAUAUACCUGCACUAAACUCAGCUCUGUUAUGCAAGAAUACAAACUAUGUCACCUCAAUGCCCAAUUGAGACUUUAUUCAACACAAACUCAUAUAAACUCUGUAUAUUUAAACUAACAGGACUAAUUUGCAAUAGAGUAAAUCCCAUGAGAACAAAACACGAGUUGAAUCCCUCGAACAGACUGGUCCUGUCUGUAUUUUCUUUCUCUCCAAUCAUUACGGAAAGCAGAAGAUUUGAUACUUUUUUUUGCUGGAUGUUUUGCUUAUUGUUGUUUUCUCUGGCGUUGUGUUCACUGGAGUCUCCUGGCAUUAAGCUGUUGACAGCUUGGCUAAUGGAGGGCUUGAUGAUUUGUAGGUCUGCACCGGGAAGCGCAGCAAUGUGCACAGCGGCGGAAUUUAAUGCGUUGCCUAGCAACAGUGUGAGCAAGGGCCAUGCCUAUAUCUCCGACGGAGAGGAGGGGUGAUGUCUCCGAGAGAAGCGCACCUCACCUUUUCUAUGUAUCUUUAAACUGAAGCCUCAGCGAAGGUGACGGCGGGACAUAUCAGGGAGAAGCUGUGUCUUCAACAUGGGUUUUCUGGUUGGAACACUGCAAAAACACAAAAUCUCACCAAGUAAUGUUGGUCCAGUUUCUAGUGUAAAUAUUUUAGUACACUUGAAAUAAGACAACACUAACUUACGAGUAACUUUUCAUUAAGAUAUAGGACCUUGUUUUGAGUCAAUAAUUCCUUAAUUUUGAUG